AUGUCAGAAACUGCAAAAACUGACAAGAGCAGUCCAAAGAACAUUUAUGGUGACCCACCAAAGAUCAAUUUUAAUCUUCCAGAGAUAAGUGAACUAACCCAAAAUUUUAAAAGUUGGAAGGAUGUUCAACUCCCAAUUGACAUUCUGUUGUUAACAGGGAAGGACUGUGAGUUCUUAAGUUGCUACCAUUACAUUGUUGAUCCAUUCAGAAGCUAUUUCAAAGGGCUUGGUUCUGUAUACUUUGGCAGCUUUUGUGAAGAUCAAGAUGAUAAACUGAAAGUUGCUUUGAUGAAAUGCUCAGAGGGUUCUAAAGUUCCUGUUGAUGGUUUGACUGUUGUAAAGAAUGCUGUCACUCAGCUGAAGCCAAAAGCUGUCUUUUCUGUGGGCCACUUCAGUGGUAUUAAUCAGGAAUCAACAAAGCUUGGGGAUGUGGUUCUAUCAAAAAAGCUCACAACCUAUUCGUAUCAGAAGGUUACAAAGGAUGGAAAGAAAUUUUGUGGGUUCACAACUCCUGUAAGCAGAGAAAUUGCUGAACUCAUCAAUUGUGCAGGUCAUGGUUGGAAUCCACCCCUGGAAAAUCCUAAAGAGAGGAAAGUUGAAGUCCUCUGUGGUGAGGUUUUGAGUGGUACUGAGGUCAUGCAUGCUGAAUGGCGACAAGAGGAACUAAUGAAGUCAUUUCCUGAAGCAAUUGCAAUUGAAACAGAAGAAGAGGGUAAGAUCUCUUUUUCCUUUGAAGUAACUGUUACUGUAAAAUCUGCUCAAAGAGAUAUUUGGAUAUUUAUGUAUACUGGGACAGAGAGAAUCAAUACUUAUAUGAUAACAGUUGUGGUUGGUAAGUUUUCCUGCCAGUGUCAAGAGAUGCACUGGCUUGUGUGUGAACAAACUGGACUUCAGAUUAAGAGGUCUGGGUUCAAGCCCUGGGCUAAAGUGAUUGUGUUGUAGUCUGGACUGGGAGGCUUUUUGACUCUCACAGUGUGUCUCCACACCUAGGAGUAUAGAUGGCUACUGAUGAACUGACCCGUAUUUCAUAUACAUGUGUAAGGAGUAAGGGUACAGUCUUAGUGGCUGAAUGGUAUGGAACCUGGGAGAAGCUCGUGCUACAGGGACUAGCUCUGCACCUAUUAUAUGUAAAUUGACUUUCCAAAAUAGAUCUCUAGUUCCUUGCAAAUCUUUGAUAACAAUUUGGUAACAAUGGAAGAGGUUAAAAUCAAUAGAUUUUGGAGCAAAUUUGUUGUUUUAUUCAUAAUAGCUUGUUAUUGUAUGUCUCAGGAGUUUUCAGUGCAGUGCAUGAACUGAAAAUAGAAUGGGUCAUCGUCAAGGGUAUUUCACGAUAUGCAGAUGGAACUGAAGAGAGAGAAAACUGGCAAACAUUUGCAAGUGUAACAGCAGCUUCUCUUGUUGCCAACAUUCUAAACCAAUGCAGUAUUUUUGAAGAUUGGCCACAUUACAAAGGU